UUGGGUCUGAGCAUCUCCCAAGACAACGACGAACUUGCUGCUGAGGAGCAUGGCAUCUUCAAUUCGACCUCCGCUGACGCCCUCUCGUCGCCGAGGGUUGACGAGCUACUCCGCAUCGUGAGGGCCCUGUCAACCACCUCGUCUUCGCUCUCUCUGCUGCCCUCGCAGAAGAUCCUCAACCUUCUGCAUCAGUCAAAGCUCGCCGAGUGGGACUUCCAGGCAGAGGUGAACGAGGGAGAAGGUCGAAAUCACUACCAGUCGGAAAUCGAGUGGCUGCUUGUGAGCAAAGCUACCGUCCAGACGUACGGAGUCAUCCUCAACACUCUCUUGGACCAAAUCAUCCCCCUGAGCGAUGAUAUUUGGUACUGGGACGAGGUCCUGAGUUCUUAUACUUACAGCAGUCUUUACACUGUCCAGACGUCCCCUUUGCGCCUGUGGGCCUUGACCAAGGACGUAUAUCACGAAAGCAAGCAUCGGUUUCAACAUCUAAGUCAAGCGCCUGGGGAGUUUGUGGAGUCUACACGGACUGGACUGUCCCAGCAGUGGGGGCAAUUCUACGGCAUCGUCCGAGACAGUAUUCGGGAUUCUUCGAUCACAACUCUCCAGCGCCGAGUUCUUUCGCCCGUUGCUCUCAGCCGAGGUGAGGCCAGGCGGAAGCUCGCCCAUCUUAAACGUUUACGGGAAAUGACGGCCAGCGGUUUGGGAGUUCUUGUUGACGAGGGUCUGACUUUUGGUGUGGAUGACGACGAUGACAAGAGCGAGGCUGGAGUCAACAGCCACGACUGGAAAGGCGUGGUGGAACGAAGCGUAGCUCUCAUGGACAUGGUUCUCAAGGACGUUCUCUCCCUCGAGUCUGGUGUUGCCGAGUUCGAGGACAAGGUAUUCGCCGGCGUUGAGGAGGACCCCGAACUUUCGAUUCACAUCGAGGAUGCGAACGCUUUGGAGAAGCCCGCCGUCCUCGCGAGACGCCUUUUGAACAUUUUGGAUUCCGGACUUCCCAGCCACGUCGUAUCUACGCAGACGCUUGUUCGCGAAAAUGGACGCCCUUCGAGACUAAUUCGGUACUGGCUGCCGGCCACGGCACUUCUGCUGUCGUCAACGACGAUCCUCCGCGUUCUUUCCAAUCGACGCGCCGAGAUCAUCAGCUGGAUUCGGGAUAUUGGAGUCACGGUCCGGGACUUCUGGUUUAACUGGGUCAUUGAGCCGACGCGAAAGAUUGUCGGGACUAUCAGACACGAUUCGAAUAGCGAGAUCGCCAUCAUGAGCCGGGACAGCCUGAAGGCCGACCGCGAGAGCCUGGAACGCAUGGUUGUGGACUUUGCUCUGGACAAGCCCCAUUUUGCGGGAGAUGGCACGUCGCUGACAGAUGCCCAAAUCGCCGACAUCAGAAUGAAGGUCAGCGAGGGGGAUGUUACUCCGGUUCUCAAGGCGUACGAAAGAGACCUCAGAAAGCCGUUCGUUGGCGCUGUCAAGGGCGACCUCGUUCGAUCUCUUCUGAUUCAGGUUCAGAAGACCAAGGUUGACCUGGAAGUGGCCAUCAGCGGUAUUGACGCCUUGCUGAAGAGCCAGGAGCUUGUCUUUGGUUUUGUUGGACUGACUCCCGGCGUACUCGUGUCGAUCGGUAUUGUGCAAUACUUCCGCGGCGUCUUUGGCUCCCGCAGAGGAGCGCGAAACACCCGCGAGGCUGGUAGAAGCAUCAGGGUGCUUCGCAACAUCGAUCGCAUCUUCUCGGAGGCGACGCCAUCUCAGAAUAACCUGCUGUCCUACAAGGAUCAUGGUCUGCUUUUGUGCGAGGUGCACGUACUGCGUAACCUGAUGCAGAGAGUGCUGCCUCGCGACAGACAGCGGGAGUUCCUUGAGGAUAUCGACGAUCUCGCGAACCUCAAGGGCAUCCAGGUGCAGGUCAGAGCAUUGGACCGGAUUCGUUGGGCGUAUGCCCGAUGGCUGCAGUAA